AUGGGAAAGGCAACAACAACGAAGACUGAAACGAGAAGCAGGCCAAAGACUGAAACGAAAAGCAAGCCAAAGGAAGAAGCAAAAGAAAAAAAGCCUCCAUCCAAGUAUAAUUUGUUCGUGAAAAAGGAACUUCCUAAACUCAAAGCCGAGAAUCCUGGACUUGAUCACAAAGACGCUUUUAAACUUGUCGCUAAGAAAUGGGCCGACUCUUUGUCUUUUAAUGAAGUUAAAUCGUCAGAAGCUUAUGAAUUAACUUUAGUUGAUCAGAAUGUCUUUAACGUGGAUCAUGAUGUAACACUUGUUCAGGGCAUUUCUGGUUUUCGACAGAAUGUUCAAGAAUAUAUCAACAAGCGUCUUGGUAUCAACGACAAGUCUAGAUCUUUCUAUUAUUCUGAAAUUGUUGGUAGAAGUUUAAUAUUAUUCUUAGUUUCUGUUGCAAACUUAAUCGAAAUUAAUUUUUCUCAAUUAAAGCAGACUACGAUUCUCAAUUCGUUAUAUGGCAGACUUAAAGAAUCUUAUUCAUUCAUUAUACAAACUCAAGUCAUAACCAAAAAUUGGAAUUCAGUUAUCUUAAUGCCAGCUGAGUUAACGGUUAAUACGGUUAAUACGGUUAAUACGAUUAAACGAUUAGCACCUGAUUAA